UAAGUUCUCCCCUUCUCUGUAAAGCACUGUGGUGGGUGCCUUAGGGAAUGCACUGUGUUGUUGUUGUUGUUGACCAGUCUUGUAAGGGGAAACUGACUGCGCUGAACUGCGCCCCCCUCUGACUACAGUUGAACUGCGCGCUCCUCUGGUGUUGUCAAACACAUGAGGUGGUCACAUUACGCACACGUUACGCACCUUCACCGCUUAUCCAGAUACACUUGUUUAAUGCAUGCGGAUCUGUCAUAAAUGCACUGAGAUUCUGUUUUUUUUCUGUUGUAGCUUAAGUCUUUAAAUAUAUCAAUCUUGAGAGUGUUUGCCGCAUAUCGCCUUCCCUUGACCACGAUCUGAAUCAUUGUCGGGACUAAAAUAACUCGUGUCAAAAUGUCCUCUAUAACUAGAACAUAGAAUGCCAGUCUACUUUAACAGAAGAGGUGGCGGCGACCAACAUAAACUUGUUGGGUGAUCAUAUACGGUGUCCGUUACAUUUAUCCAAGAAAACUUCAUCGAUCAAUUUCGGUCAAGAUUAUAGCCAAUAUUUGCAUGUAAAAGUCGAGAAGUCCAUAACGCUGAAACAUGAAGGGGUCUGAAUCUCUUCAAGAUUUGAAAAGACAAGUUGGCAAUGCUAUUGAUGAAGCCAAGGAGAAAUUUUGGCGCCUUAGCCAAGACAUUUGGAGGUGUCCAGAGCUCGCGUAUGAAGAGAAAAAAGCGCAUGACAGACUGGUAAAAUUUUUCAGUGAAGACAACGGAUGGAUCAUAGAAGGUCACUAUAAGCUUGAUACGGCAUUUUGCGCAACGUGGGGACCUUUCGGAGGAAAGUGCGGUGACAAAGAAGUUCAUAUUGGUUUCUUGUGUGAAUACGAUGCUUUGCCUGGAAUGGGCCACGCUUGUGGCCAUAAUUUGAUUGCAGAAUUGGGGGUAGCAGCAGCAACAGGCUUAAAGGUUUUGUUGGAAUCUCUGUCGGACUGUCCACGUGUUACGAUUACUGUUUUUGGAACUCCUGCAGAGGAGGCUGGUGGGGGAAAGGUUGACAUGAUUGACAUGGGGGCCUUUGAGCGGCUAGAUGUGGUGUUCAUGGCACACCCUUCACAAGAGGAUGCCACCUAUUUGCCAAUUGUUGCUGAGCAUGAUGUCGUUGUGAGGUACCAUGGCAAAGCUGCCCAUGCCGCUGGUUAUCCUUGGGAAGGGAUCAAUGCUCUUGAUGCAGCUGUCCUUGCCUACAACAACCUUUCUGUGCUCAGGCAGCAGCUGAGGCCAGACUGGAGAGUACAUGGUAUUAUUAGCCAUGGUGGGGUUAAGCCCAACAUCAUCCCAGACUUCACCGAACUUGAAUAUUACCUGCGAACACCAUCACGCAAAGACCUGCCAACUAUCCGAGCCAAGGCUGAAAUGUGCUUCAAAGCUGCAGCUAUGGCAACAGGUUGUGAGGUUGAAGUUGUAUUUGCAAAAAAUGAAUUUCACAACUUAUUGCGUAUUCCCACGCUGGAAAGGCUGUUUGAACAGAAUGGAAAAGCUCUAGGCAUGGAGUUCAUCCCAGACAUCAAUGGCUCUGAGGGUUCAACAGAUUUUGGGAAUGUUUCAUUUGUUGCACCUGGUAUUCACCCCAACUUCUACAUUGGUUCUGAAGCUUUAAACCAUACAAAAGAGUACACAGUGGCAGCUGGUUCAGAGACAGCCCAGUUCUACACUUUGCGGACAGCCAAAGCUUUGGCUAUGACAGCCCUUGAUGUCCUUUUCUGCCCAGAAUUGAUGCAGAGGGUGAAAGUAGAAUUUAAUGAGGCUAAAGUGAAAGAAGAAUGAGUAGAUGAAAUUGAACAAGACAAAGGGUGAGCCUCUCAACAGUGAAUAACUUAACAAUAGAAGAACAACUUAGCCAUGCUUCCAAUGAAAGACUUAAAGGAGAAUUCUGGCAGCUAUAGUGUUACACUCUGGGGGCAUGUUUAUGAGUCUCCAUGUUCAUAGCUGUCUGCGCUGCUCCAGCUGUAGGAAGAACCGAUUGUUUUUGUUUUUUUAGCAGUACUCGAUGACCUUGAGAAACAGAGAUUUUUGCCGGAGAAAAUUGUCGGAAUUUUCCUUCAAAUGGGACAUAAACAACAUGGGUCAUGGUUAUUAAUAUUGUUAGGAUUUAAAUGAAAUAGGUAAGAAUAAUGACUAGUUCUUAUAAUAUAAUAAUAAAUAAUUACUCUUCCUUCACUAUUUCCAUUAUUUUGGAUUCUAUGCUAGUGUCACCUUCACCUGGACAGGGCAUCAUUUUGUGUUUUGUAAAACCCCCUUGUGAGGUUAUAGUUCACCCAAAAUGGCGGGGGGUUGGGAAUACAAAAAAAGUGAAUGUAAAGCUCUUCCAAAGGCUGUUCAUUUGAUUUUCCCAAACAAAUGGUAGGCAUCAUUCUGAUUUUAGAUUUUCCAAACCGCUUCAAAGUUGUGCCUCAACCCCAAUUCAGGGCAUGGCCAUAAUGACUCAGAUAUCAGAAUCCCUUGCCCUGAUAUUCCCUCAUAAAGAAAGUGAAAUGUCCAACGGGUAGGACGAUCAGCACAUAUGGUGACCCCUUGACCGGGUAUGAAGAUUUGAAGUAAAUCUGAUCUACUGUUUAAGUUAUGUGUGAGCAUACGGUACACCCACUAACACACAGAUUCCCAUGGGCAAAC